UGAUUGGCAAUCCUGUUGGAAUUUUUUGUUGUUGUUAUGAGUUUUUAUGUAUGGCAAUCAGAGUUGAAUAGAAAACUGGAUGCCUUUCCUUUUGAAACAAGUGAGUCAGAUGAAACAAACUCUGUACAUUCUAGCGACUCUAUAGAACAACCAACUAUAGUGUCUCAGUAUCUUCCUUGGACGAUAGAAGAAGAUGAUACUCAAGAACAAGACACCGUUUCAAGAAGACAAGUAUUCGGUGCUUCUGUAAGUGAUAUUCGCGAAGAAUGGCCGCGAAAAAAAGGAGGAAGGAAAUCAAGUACUUCUUCGACGGUUCCUAAAAACUUGCAAUCCUUUAUGGGAGAAGCAAACUUGGCGUUUGUGGAAGGAAGAUACGAACAAGCCAUCGAAAUACUCGAGCACAUCAUAAAAGAAGCUCCUAAAGUAGCUGCACCGUAUCAUACACUGAGUGUGAUAUUUGAAAAUAAGGGAGAAACCCAGAAAGCACUGGAUUUUGCUCUCAUUGCUGCACACUUAACUCCUCGAGACAUCGAUAUGUGGAAACAAUUGGCAGUAAAAAGUCAAGAAUUAAAAAACUUGGACUUGGCUAUAUAUUGUUUAUCCAAGGCAGUCAAAGCUAGUGGAGGGAAAGAUGAACAGGCUUUGAGAGCAAGAGCCAAUCUAUAUAUCAUAAAAAGGGAUUGGAGAAGAGCAGCUCAAGGCUUAGAAAAAGUUGCUCGAAUGUAUCCAAAAGAUAUUGCAUUAGCUCUCCAAGUUGCUCAAUAUUAUUAUGAUGCGGAAUAUCCUAUCCAUGCUAUUCAAGUGCUUCAACAUACUUUGGAUAAUGUAGAUGAAUUUUCUUUGGAAUUGUAUCAAAUGCAAAGCCGUUUGUUGAUGGAAGAAAAUGAAUAUGAAAGAGCUGCCGCAUUGCUAAGCCACGCAAGAUUCCAUUUCUUUUUGAAAGAAGAAAUGCCUUUUGAUUUACAAGUCAAUUAUGCUAUUUGUUAUAUUCGUUUGGGUCAACCACAUGUUGCUGACAAAAUUCGUCGAUAUUUAUUGCAACACCUUGAACAAACUCCAUUUUAUUUGAAACAACUUGCAGAUGCUUACACAGAUUCAGGUUAUGUCGAAGAAGCCAUGGAAAUUUGUCGAAAGUUACUGACGUUGAAUGUGGAGAAUGAAGAAGAAAUAUUUCUCAAUUUGGGUCGUUGUUGUAAGAUACUUCAACAUUUUGAUGAAGCCUUGGGUUGGUAUGAGAAGGUACUAUCAAAAGAUCCUAAUCGAUUAGAAGCUUGUCUUGGAAUGUCCUAUAUUUAUGAACAAAUGGGAGAAUUGGAUAAAGCUGCAGAACUUGUUUCUAAAAUGCAGAAUAUAUCUGGAAAACAUAGAGGCGAAAGAUUGGAAGCCAUUUAUACAUAUGCGAGUGAAACUGUAAAGAGCAUUUUGGAUAGAGCAGAAAGAUAUUACAGUGAAGGAAGACUUUUGGAUUUUGUAGAAGCAAUAUUGCCCUUGUUGGAAGCUAGUGCAGAUCCUCGAAUGCGUACGAGGAUACAAGAAGAAACGAAUACCUUGCAACAAGUCCCAUUGUUGGGUCAAGGUGAUAAAGGAAAGGAAGAAGUCACGGAGCCUGAUGAAAUAUCCAAUCACUCAUCGAGUAGUCAUUUUCUGUUGACAUUUAGAAAGUCGAAAGAUAAGAAAGAAAGAAAUUGGGAGAAGAAAGAAAUCCAGUUUGGAGUGGCAGAAAUGGGUUCGGUUAUUUCAACGAUAUUGGGUGAAUCUGCGUUUGUUCACUUAUUAGAACGUUGUUGGCGAAGUAUGUGUGAAUUGGGUAGGAAUGCUGAAGCCUGUCGAUUGGUGCGUAGUCUUAUUCAAAGUGGUCAAAUACAAAAUGAAAAUGAUCGCAAACGUCUCCAUAUAUUUGCAGUUGCAGGAGCUUAUGAUGGAAAGGAUUAUGAAGGUGCUUAUGAAGGUCUUCGUAAUUUAUGUUUGGAAAGACCUUAUUCUGUUUCUAUUUGGGCACUUUUGAUGAGAACUUCUUUUUUGGGAUCAAAGGAAGAUACCAAGACUUUGAAAUUUGCGAUUCGUUUGUUACAUCGUCAUCCAACUUCAAUUCCUGCCAUUUUAGUAACUGCUCAUAUAUGUUCCAUGAGAGGUUCAUUUGGUUAUGCAUUGGCUGAAUAUUUUCGAGCAUUUGGACACUUACCCAAGCAUCCAUUACCUUGUCUUUGUAUAGGAUUACAAUAUUUAUUUUCUGCAAUGAGUAGAAGAGUUGCCAAUCGUCAUCGAACAGUAUUGGAAGCAUUCACAUUUUUAUUUCAUUAUAGUACACUGCGUAAAGAGCAAUGGUCUAGUCAUUCUCAUUUGGCAUUGAUGGAAACCAAAUACAAUAUUGCGAGAGCUUUUCAUUUUCUUGGUAUCUUUCAUCAAGCAUCUGUUUUCUAUCGAGAGAUUCUGUGCAUGGAUUGUUCUAUACCUGCUAGUCACGACCUUCGGAGAGAAGCCGCAUACAAUUUGGCUCAUAUUUAUUGUCGUUCUGGUUCAGUAGAUUUGGCCAGAGAUUUGUUGCGCACGUAUGUAACUCUUUGAUGAAGUUGUGAACUAAAAAUAUUAUUUCCGUUUAUCAAUAUACUGGUCUCGAUAUAU